AGAUAAGUUGAAAGGCGCCUUCUGAUUGCGUCACGGCGCGGCGACGCCCGGAAAAGGCUGCUCCCUCCCCACGUGGAAAGAGAAGCAUGGAGGCGAAGGUAGAAGCGGCGGUGCUGCCUUUGAACCAAGGCCAGAUCAAAAAAGCCACUCAUGCAUUACUUGCCUAUAACGCGAACAAACAGAAGUCCGGAGAAAAAGUGUUGUUGGAUGUAGACCAGAAUAUCUUUUUGAUGAUUACCGUCUGGAAAAUCCCACCAAAUGAGCAAGUAAUCAAAAUAAACCUGCCUCAUAGCAUUCUGCCGGACACCUCUGAGGUUUGCCUCUUCACCAAAGACGAACCUGGCUUAACAGCGGAACAGACGGAGAACUUGUACAAGAAACUGUUGGACCAACAUGGAAUCACAUCCAUCACUGAGGUCAUCUCUUACAAGACAUUCAAAACCGAAUACAAGCCCUUUGAAGCGAAAUGCCGCCUGCUGAAUCGGUUUGCUCUUUUCUUGUCCGACGAUCGUAUUCGAAGAUUGCUGCCUUCGCAGAUGGGAAAACAUUUCUAUCGGCGUAAAAAGGCACCUCUCUGCGUGGACUUGAAAGCCAAGGACCUAGCUAAGGAAAUCCACAAACGCCUCCACGGAACAAUUCUCCCAGUCACUAACAAGGGCAGUUGCUACAUGGUUCGCAUUGGGCACAGCAGUAUGGACGCAUCGGAGAUCACUGAAAACGUCAUAGCAGCUGCCAAAGCGAUAGCUAUCAAAGCUCCACAGAUCUGGAAAAGCGUGAAAGUUCUUCACCUCAAAACCAGCAAAUCAAUUGCACUUCCUGUGUUUCACUCUGCUUUCCAAGGUGAGGCUGCUGUUCAGAAAACGGAAGGCGCUGAAAACCAACAGACUGUUCAAAUAAAGAAGAAAAAAAGAAAAGCUAAACCAAAGAUUACAGCUCAGUCAGGCACAAAAGACGACACGAAUGGGGCUCCAGAAGCUGACGUGCCUAAAACAGAUGUGGUGGAACCCCCUACCCUGAAAUCAAAAGGAGAAGAAGAGAUUGAGGAAGAAAUUCCACAACUGGUUCCUAUUGAAACUCAGCCCUCUGAGAAAAAUGAUCAGGUGGGCAAGCUGAAGUUGGGUGCGAAACCAGAGCUGGAGACGGGCUCUCCGAAACUCCGUAGCAAAAGGAAGGCCGAGAUUCCUGUUUCGCAGCCGGAAACACCCACAGAGGCUUCGGCCUUAGAGAAAUCAAACCGACAGACGCCUGGUCGAAAAUGCAAGAUGGCCAAGCAAGAGGUUUCAGAAAAGACGCAGAGCAAGGAUGCCAAGCAGCCCUUGGCUAAACCGACUGUGGCUCCCAAAAGGCUAAAAGCUCCUAAAUCAGACACGAAACCUCCCAAACGGGACCUGAGAAGAAUGAAAGUGCAGCUGUCCCUUUGAGCAGACGGAGAAAAUUCGCUGUUUUCAUAUCGGGAUCAAAGGGAGGUUGGCGGAGAAGACAUUUAUUCAACUUGUAAAACAUCCUGUAUUUUGUUUUUCACCGGGGGGAAUAAAACAAUGUCCUAUUUUA